AGGGAAAGGUUCCGUGUGCGGCGCCCUGCACGUCAGUUUGUUUGCCCGGGCAGUGACGGAGGCUGGAAGCGCGGCUGACGGCCAGCGGGGGCGUGAGGAGGCGGAAUCCACCUUCCUUCAGCACUGGGGGGCGGGAAGGAAGGGCGGGCCAGCGGCCAGGAUCGGGCCGCGAGGACGCAGGCUGCGGAGAUGGAGGGCGCCGCGCCGCCGUGGGGCAGCGAGCCGGUGUCGGGUCCCGGCCCUGGCGGCGGCGGCGGCGGAAUGAUCCGCGAGCUGUGCCGGGGCUUCGGUCGCUACCGCCGCUACCUGGGGAGGCUGAGGCAGAACCUGGACGAAACCCAGAAGUUCUUCCGCGACAGUAAGUGCUGGCACAGGCACAGCUGUCCCUCCUGCGCCGCGGGCUGCGGCGGGCCCGAGCCCGGCCCUGCUGGCGAUGUCGCCGAAAUCGGCCUGCCGGCGGGCCAGCUGAGCUGCAUUUCCUUCCCACCUAAGGAGGAGAAGCACCUCCAGCAGACUGUGGACUGCCUCCCCUGCAUACUCAUCCUUGGUCAGGAUUGCAAUGCCAAGUGCCAGCUGUUGAACCUGCUGUUGGGGGUGCAGAUGCUUCCUACCACCAGGCUGAGCAGCGAAGACAGCUGCAAGCUGCGGCGACUCCGCUUCACCUAUGGGACUCAGACUCGGGUCAGCCUGGCGCUCCCUGGACAGUACGAACUAGUACACACGCUGGCUGCUCACCAGGGCACCUGGGAGACCAUCCCUGAGGAGGACUUGGAGGUCCAAGGGGACAGUAAGGACGCUGCUCAUGUUUUAGCCGAACUGGAGGUGACAGUGCAUCAUCCCCUCUUGAAGGAAGUGGACAUUGUGGUGGCACCGUGCCAAGGCCUCCGGCCCACAGUAGAUGUUCUGGGUGACUUGGUGAAUGAUUUCUUGCCUGUGAUAACCUAUGCACUCCACAAAGGUGAACUGUCUGAGAGGGAUGAGCAAGAGCUUCAGGAAAUCCGAAAGUAUUUCUCCUUCCCCAUAUUCUUUUUCAAAGUGCCGAAGAUGGAGAGAAUAGACUCUGCUCCUAGAAUGGAGAGUGAAAGAUCGCUUCUGUAUCGUCAGCUAGUUGACCUGGGCUACCUGAGCCCCACGCACUGGAACUGUGGGGCCCCUGGCCAGGACACCAAGGCUCAGAGCAUGUUGGUGGAACAGAGUGAGAAGCUGAGACACUUGAGCACUUUUUCCCACCAGCUGCUGCAGGCUCGUCUGGUGGAUGCGGCCAUGGCCCUGAACCUGGUGCACUGCCACUGCCUUGACAUCUUCAUUAACCAGGCCUUUGAUAUGCAGCGGGACCUGCAGAUUACUCCCAAAAGGCUGGAAUACACUCGGAAGAAAGAGAACGAGCUGUAUGAGUCACUGAUGAAUAUUGCUAACCGAAAGCAGGAGGAAAUGAAGGAUAUGAUUGUUGAGACUCUUAACACCAUGAAGGAAGAACUUCUGGAAGAUGCUACCAACAUGGAGUUUAAAGAUGUCAUUAUCCCCGAGAAUGGAGAAGCAGUGGGCACCAGAGAGAUCAAAUGCUGCAUCCGGCAGAUCCAGGAACUCAUCAUCUCCCGGCUUAACCAGGCAGUGGCUAACAAGCUGAUCAGCUCAGUGGAUUACUUACGUGAGAGCUUUGUCGGCACCUUGGAGCGGUGUCUGCAGAGCCUGGAGAAGUCGCAGGACGUCUCAGUUCACAUCACCAGUAAUUAUCUCAAACAGAUUUUAAAUGCCGCCUAUCACGUUGAAGUCACAUUUCACUCAGGGUCCUCAGUUACACGGAUGCUCUGGGAGCAAAUCAAGCAGAUCAUCCAGCGCAUCGCGUGGGUGAGCCCCCCUGCCGUCACUCUGGAGUGGAAGAGGAAGGUGGCCCAGGACGCGAUCGAGAGCCUCAGUGCCUCCAAGCUGGCCAAGAGCAUUUGCAGCCAGUUCCGGACUCGGCUCAAUAGUUCUCAUGAGGCUUUUGCAGCCUCCUUGCGGCAGCUGGAGGCUGGCCACUCAGGCCGGCUGGAGAAGACAGAAGAUCUGUGGCUGAAGGUUCGGAAAGAUCACGCCCCACGCCUGGCCCGCCUUUCUCUGGAGAGCCGGUCUUUACAGGAUGUCUUGCUGCAUGGUAAACCUAAACUGGGACAGGAGCUGGGCCGAGGCCAGUAUGGGGUGGUGUACCUGUGUGACCACUGGGGAGGACACUUCCCUUGUGCUCUCAAGUCGGUUGUCCCUCCCGAUGAGAAGCACUGGAAUGAUCUGGCUUUGGAGUUUCACUACAUGAGGUCUCUGCCGAAGCAUGAGCGGUUGGUGGACCUCCAUGGGUCAGUCAUCGACUACAACUAUGGCGGUGGCUCCAGCAUUGCAGUACUGCUCAUCAUGGAGCGGCUGCACCGGGACCUGUACACGGGGCUGAAGGCUGGGCUGACCCUGGAGAAGCGUUUGCAGAUAGCACUAGAUGUGGUGGAGGGGAUCCGCUUCCUGCACGGCCAGGGACUCGUUCAUCGUGAUAUCAAACUGAAAAAUGUGCUGCUGGACAAACAGAACCGUGCCAAGAUCACUGACUUAGGAUUCUGCAAGCCAGAGGCCAUGAUGUCAGGCAGCAUUGUGGGGACGCCAAUCCACAUGGCCCCUGAACUUUUCACAGGGAAGUAUGACAAUUCCGUGGAUGUCUACGCUUUUGGGAUUCUUUUCUGGUAUAUCUGCUCAGGCUCUGUCAAGCUCCCUGAAGCAUUUGAGAGGUGCACUAGCAAAGACCACCUCUGGAACAAUGUGCGGAAAGGGGCCCGCCCAGAACGUCUGCCCGUGUUUGAUGAAGAGUGCUGGCAGUUGAUGGAAGCCUGCUGGGAUGGUGACCCCCCCAAGAGGCCUCUCUUGGGCAUCGUCCAGCCCAUGCUCCGGGGCAUCAUGGACCGGCUCUGCACAGCAAGUUUCGAGCAGCCACACAGAGGACUAGAUGAUUCUAUUUGAAAGCAAAAACCUUUCUUCUGCACUCUGUUUCUUUUUUUCCCCUCACCUUUGGGCCACGGGGAGAAUUUGACAUUUAUUCAAUGAGGGACUUGGUGCUUGUGGGGCAGCUUGAGACCUUGAAAGCAGAGAUGGCUCCCGGGCAGUGAGGAGCUGGACAGCUGCUGAACGGCUGGGGCAGUUCACUGAUGCCCCACGCUAUCCCUUCGGCAAAAGAUUGUCCAAGAUGUGCAGAAGUGGAACAUGGGAUGUUCUGGCCUCAAAACAGAUGAGGCAGAUGUUACCAUUGUUCACUGUAUUAUGUUUCUAAGACAAGAAGUGCCGCACUGCAGUGGCAGUAGUGUUAAAAACAUCAUUUUCGGGCCGGGGGUUUAGCUCAGUGUUUCCGCCACCUGCCUUGGCAAGCACAAGGUCCUGAGUUCGAUCCCCGGUACCAAAAUAACACAUCAUUUUCAUGAUGUCAGCUCCAGCUAGAAAUAGUUUGAUUCCACCUAGUGGUUAGGACCACUUAGAAAAUUUGAGCUUAGUUCAGGAUUCUAUGAACAUAGGGACAAAAAAAAAAAAUUGUGGUUGCCUGGUUCCUGCUGUCUAACCAGGGAUCUCAGGUUGUAACAGUCCAGCGAGGGAGCUAGAAACAGGCUGUGUUCCUCACUGUGCCAGAGUGUUUACAUUUACAGGGCCGUGCAUCCCUGACUUCUAGGGGGAAUUCACUGUUACAUCACCAGGAAGCAAAAAAAAAAUCACAUGCAUAUGUAUGUACAUAUGUAUAUAACCGGAUGGAUUUGAGUUACUGCUAACCCCAGAACGGGAUCUGUUCUUCUGCCCGUGGGCCCCCUACACCCCUCUGCUGGUCUCAGGUGGGAGAGCUCCAGACCCAGAGCACAUUGUACUCAGGAGUGAGUGUCUGAGCAGAACUGGCCCAUUGUGAAUCAUGGGUGAGACCUGAGAGCAGAGGAUCGUGCCCAUGGCCUGUAUACCAAGCUCCUAGAAGGGCACCAGCUGAUUCUCAAACUUACAAAAAAACCCAGAAACUCUUCUGUGUUUGAAAUUAACACACUAAUGUUUUUAAAGCCUAACCAGUGGUUAAAAAGCCAAGGCUUAUUCUGUCCUCUCCUUUUACCUUAUUUUAAAUAUAAUCUAUUGGAAGAAAAAAGAACCAGCAACCCCUCCCCCCAAAAAAACAGACAAAAGAGAAGGCCAGUUCUGUGUGUCAGCAACUGGGAAGCACCCUGCCUCUGUGUCCGAGGAUGGGAAACAGUUUAAACACUGGUGCAUCUCAGGUCUUGAUUUCAGGCCUUCUGCCACCAAGCUGUUGUUAGCUUUAGAAACACAGGUAGAUGAAGAAAUAGACAUAGAGGAGGGCAGCCUCCAUGCAUCUGUCAGUCUCAAGGGCUAUGGGCGGGCCUCAUCCAGCUCCAGAGUGUGACGCAGGUCCCAGGUUUGAGUGUUACAUCAGUGCUGGGGUUUUCUAGGGUUGUUUGUAACUGAAUGACCAGGUCUUACAUAUUAACAAAGUAUAAGUGGAGUGUAUGAUACAUUCUUAUCUAAGUUUUAGAGUUCAGUUUUAGAACUUUAACCAUCCUGGGCUCUGAUUACGAUGUUGGAGCAAGUAGCAGUCUCAGCACACACAGCCCUUCAGGACUUUAUUAAUGCUGUACACCUUUUUACUUUCAAAUGAUAAAGUGACCGGCCAGCGUUUGUGGGGCAUUGGCUCCAAGUUCAUUUUGGUAGAAUGUUCAGCACAUCUCUUAGAAUCUUAACACCUAUUUAUCCAUACUUUAGUCGCUCUGCUCUCCUUGGCAUUAUCUUGUUGCCCUUCUGGGGUGAUGAUGGGGCUUCGGGAAGCCACGUGUCCAGUUAAGUAAGUAGGCUCUGCUUGUCAAAGAAUCAUUGUGCAUCUGUUCUAUGUGAGACUUCAAGAAAAGUCUUAUAGUUAGUUCCCUUCUCCAGAACAUGCUCUUAAUUCUAGUAUAACCAGGACUGUAUACUUCCAUUGUGAAGACCACAUUCCUAACGUUCUUUGGAAGUCUUAGCUCAAACUCCCAUUCACACAUGGGAAGUUAAUUUUUUUUCCAACCAGAAUCCCUUUUCAGUUCAUCUCCUGUGGCUCAGUCCACGCUCAGAUACCAGUUUUCUAGCAGAUUCCCUACAUUUUUGCCUAGUGGAAAGGGCAAGGGGACUGACUAAUACUAGGUGAGGAGAUGAGUAGUUAUUUUCAUUAUAAAAAAGUAUUCUGAGAAAAGGUGCAAGGUAUACCUGGAAGUGUCUGGCCAACCAAAGCCCACAUGUGGAUAUUUGGGGCUGUUAUUUAAAUACUCAGCAGGCUGAGUGCAGGAAUACGUAUUUACGUGUGUAUAAUGUAUUAUGUAUACUUUUGUUUUAUAACAUUGUUGGCUAAUUUUGGAUUUUUUGUUCCUUGGCACCCAUUAUUAUUAAAAUGAUGGAAUGCUAUGAAAAGUACUGUAUUGUAUAUUACUUGAGAAGACACGAGAUGUUCUGAGAAGUGUGGCAGUACUUAGGUAGGCAGGGUACAUCACAGCCAAUAUCAGAGGCUCUUACCUCUGAGCUUAGGUUGUUUGUGUUCCCAAGUAACGAGGUGAGAUUGUGGCUGAGGGAGGAAGAAGGAUGGCCUGACAGAUUACCCUUACUGUGUCCAGUCCUUCUAAAAGACUUAAUGAGGUCAGUUUACCCCGCCCCCAAAUGAUCACCUGGCCUUUUUUCAUGAGCUCGAAGUCUGGUCACUCAUUUGGCUUCAGAACCGAGUGAGAGGCCUUCCUGCAGAGCAAUCAGAAGAAACCAUGGUGACGCCUGGACUGGUGACCCUGUGCCUAGAAGCUCGCAGCAGUGUAGGUGAGCAGUUCUGGUCCAGAGGAGGGACCCACAGGCAGACCCUGCUCCCUGCUCCCUGCUCCCCUGCUCCUCUGCAGAAUGGACCCUUGACUGAGCAAGCCUUCCAUGGCUCUGGCAGGAGGACGUUGCUAUUGUUCCCAGACCACAGUCACAUCUGACUCCAUCGACUUUAAGACAGAGCGUUGGCAGCAGCUGCUCAUAUAUUUUUCUUAAAACACUAAAGUUCAAAGAAGCAGUAGAGGAAAAGAUAUGUUACUACCACAGACAGAAAUAGGAAAAUGGUAGAACUCUUGACUGGUAUCUGUCAGCUCCCAGAUGGACUUUUGUAAUGUAUUUGAGCUGCCAAAAGAGGGCUUGAGGGCCGAGAGGUAGCGCAGUAACAAAGAGUGCAGCCUCUCCUGUGCAUGGCCUUGGGUUCCAUCCCCAGCACCAAAACCCAAAACCAAACAGAGGAGUUGGGAAAUGUUUCUCCUGAUAGGAGAGUGGCUGGAGAGUCAGGGCUGAGAGGUGACAGCUAUACUGAAUGACACUGUUUUUUGGCUUACUAUUUAGCACGGAGAAGCCCAGGGGCAUUGGUGAUUGCAGCAGCACUUUGGAUACCCUGAUUUGGGGAGAGGCCAUGCUUGGUGUUCCACUGGGCCAAUCAGGAAGCCUCUGAAGUCCAGUUUGAGAGCAGGACGAACGGCCCUGUGCAUGUCCACUGCCAAAGAGGAGUUGCUUUCUUUGAACUUUUGAAGCUUGCUUUUUGAAUUUGCUGGAUCAAAUAACUUGCUUUUCUUUAAAAGAAAAUGAAGGGUGUAUUCUUCAGAAUAUAGGGCUGGGAGUAGGUAGAGCUAGCUUGAUAAAGAGGGUAAGGAAGGAGUGGCCUUGAGGUGUUUCUAUCACAAAUUCCCCUGGAGGUUUCAGAUAGCGCCCGAUGUUCUUAAAAGAGUUUCAGGUUUAACUUCUGCUUUGUUACCAUCCCGUCCAGCUGGUGGCAGAGAGGUGAGAGCACUUGUCGUUGGGAGGCCAGCUUGCUGGGAAAUGUGGUCACCAACAGCUUGUUGUCUUUUGUCUUUAUGUUAUGUAUUUUUUGUUUGGGUUAAAGGACUAAUGCUUGUUACAGUAUUAAAUAAAAGUGUAACAUACUAAGUGUGUAGAGUAAAAGUGCAAUAACAAAAGAAAAAUACUUUGGCACAAACUCUGCUCCCUCCUUCCUCAUGCUACCUGGCUCUGUCCAUAUUGUUACAGGAGGACCAGGUUAACUGUGUAUUUUUAAGAGACGCAACUAUGGCUUAAGUCUUUGCUUAGUGUAAUUUUGAAUGGUGGGAUUUGGUUUUUAUAGAGUAUUCUAUAUAAUUGUUAGGAUGCACAAACACAGGAUGUGCUGUAUAAUAAAGAUCACAUUAACAUUUUA